AAUAGAAUAUAAUGGAAUAAAUAUUUUAUUAAUUAAUACAAUGUAAAAUAGUAAAGAAAAAAAUUUAAUGAGAAUAUUUGGAAUGCUAUACAUAAGUUUUGCUCUAUUUCCUAUUAUUUAUGAUACGCACGCUCCUGUAUCUCCGCGCUGCGCUCCUUAGUUACGUGUUGACGCGUUGCUAGCGUGAGAGCGGAAAGAGGGUAACAAUGAAUGUCGCGCGAUCUGGCUAGAAGUUGCAUCUAAAUCCCAACACUGGGCUAGUAGAAAAGAGCAAACAGACAAGCAAGCGGCCCUUAAUCGAGUGAGGUGAAUGAUUAUAUUCUAAGAGACGGUAUUGAUACUUCUUCAGUUCUUUCUUGUUUUGUCGUUUCUUCACUCUACAAUUGAUCUUGUUUUGACUUCUAUUGGUUGCGGAUUAAGGACAUUUUGUAUUGUCUUGUUCACGAUGUCUGAGCCAAAGCGUAGAAAAGUUGAUUUUGAAAACAGGGUAUUUCAAGCAAAAUGGACUGAAGAAUUUUUCUUUAUUCUUCCACCCCAUAAAAAUGCGAAACCAACGUGUUUAAUUUGCAACGAAACAGUUGCUGUGUGCAAAGUAGCAAAUAUGAAUCGCCAUUACGAGGCAAAGCAUUCGGGAAGAUAUGACAAAGAUUUUCUAAAAGGUUCUUCACUUAGAAUUGAAAAAAUUAAUGCCCUUCGUACAUUUUUUGAGCGCUCUCAAAUGAUAAUGAAAUGCUCUAUGUCUGAACAGGAAAAAUGCAUUGAAGUAUCUUUGCGCGUUGCAUGGAUUUUGGCCAAACAUAUUGUACCAUUUUCAUAUUCUGAAAUAGUGAAAGAAUGCUUAAUACAAAUCUCAAAUACAAUUUUCGAUAAUAAAAAAGAAAUUGCAGAAAUGUUCAGCAAAAUUCCAUUAUCUCGUGAUUCCGCGAUUCGUAGAACCGAAAUUUGCGCAAGAUCAGUUCAUGAGAGUAUAUUGGCCGAUUUUACUAAAACACAGUUUUUCUCGCUUGCGAUUGAUGAAUCUACAGAUAUAUCUGAUAUAGCACAAAUGGCUGUAUUUGUUCGUUAUAUUCAAAACAAUAAUUAUAAAGAAGAAGUCUUAACAUUGUUGCCAUUGCAUGAUCGCACAACUGGUCAAAUAUUAUUUGAAUGCUUCCAAGAAUUUAUGAAUAAUAAUGGCCUCUCAUAUUAAAAAAUUCUUUCUAGUGACCGAUGGUGCACCAGCAAUGAUUGGGAAAACAAAUGGUUUUGUAGCACUUUUAAAGCAAAUUAAUUCUAAAAUUAUUUCAUUACACUGCAUAAUUCACCAAGCAGUUCUUUGCGCAAAGCUUUCGGGUGAUUUCAAAGAUAUCAUGAAUACAAUUAUGAAAAUUGUUAAUUAUUUGAAAUCUCACUCAGCAUUACAACAUCGCUUACUCCGAGCUUUCCUUGAAGAAUGUAAUUCUGAAUACACAGAUCUUUUUUUGCAUAAUGAUGUUCGCUGGUUGAGCAAGGGAAAUGUGCUCAAAAGAUUGAUAACUUUGUUAAGUGAAAUUUCGGAUUUCCUCAAAAGUAGAAAUUCGAAAUUAGCUACCGAAUAUUUUGAAUUUCUUUGCAAUACGAACAAUGUUGCUAAACUAUGCUUUUUGGGUGACAUGUUCUUACAUAUCAAUGACCUGAAUCUGGCUUUACAAGGAAAAGGAAAACUGAUUUGUGAUAUGUGGGAAAAGACCAAAGCUUUCCAAAGAAAGUUACAAUUGUUUGAAAAUGAUUUAAAUUCUAGAGAGCUCAUUCAUUUUUCUUUAUUAAAAGCACAUUUUAAAAUCAAUAUUGAAGAAAUUCCACAAUCCGAGGAAUACGAGCGCUUUUUAAAAGAUUUGCAAUUGGAAUUUGCUUCCCGAUUUACUGAUUUUGAUCAAAUUGGUGACUUAUUAGGAGCAAUGCAAAACCCAUUCAGUCUUGAAACAAAUGGUAAUUGGGUCAAUACGGCAGUGGAACUGUUCACUCUUGAAAAAGGUAAAUUGCAACUGGAAAUUAUUGAUUUUCAAGAAAGUAAUGUGCUGCGAGAUAAAUUUGCCGAAACAGAUGUUACAAAAUUUUGGAUAGACACACUCCCUGAACAAUUUUUUCCAAAUCUCAAAAGAAUGGGUACUUUGCUAUGCACGAUGUUUGGCUCCACAUAUAUUUGUGAAACAGCAUUUUUGAAAAUGAAUAUAAUAAAAAAUAAAUUUCGAAAUCGAAUAACUGACGAUCAUUUGCACGACUGCAUGCUAGUAGCCAAUACCACUUACGAACCGAAUUUCAAGAAACUGACCCAAGAUGGCAAAACAGUUUUCACAUUAAAAAUACAUUUUAUAAUUAAAGUAAUUGCUCUUAUUGCGAAGAUACCAAAAUUUCGAUCUUAUUAUUAGCAGUAUUAAUAAAGAAUAUCUAAACAUAUUUAAAAAAAUUUUUUUACUAU